UUUGGUAUAUGUUUAUAAAAUCAUUUGUUUAUACCCUUUACCUGAAGUUUCUUCAUUAUCAUUGUGCCAAAAAUUCACCUGUGAGGAUUAUGCUAUUCGGAAAAUGUAAAAUAUAAAAUAUCGUAUACAAUUAGUAUGACAUCAUCGACUCCUGGGGAUGUUGAAGAAUCUCUGGGAAUCAAAUUAGAGAGAAUAACACUGGAUGGCGAUUACCUCUUGUCCAAUUAUCCUCAUCUAGAAAUGUCUACCGCCACCAGCCUUAUAGGUUCGCCGAGAGACCGCGACAGCACGAGUGCGCUGAGCCAGCACGGCGGCGCAGGCACGGGCGGCCGUCGCCCGCCCUCGGCCGCCUCCGCCAAGUCGGCCACCCGGCCGCCCCAGCUCUCGACCCGUCCCUCGUCGAGCAUCCCGCUGCCCGUGAAGUCGCCCAAGUCGAAGCUGAGCGGCGUGAACGUGUCGCGAACGUUCAGCAGCCGGUUGUCCAGGCCGAGUAGUUCUAUACUCAAUUCGACCAGUCAGAUAGGUAACAAACAUACCCUAGAAAUACAGUUUUUGAACAAAAAGAAGCGACUGGGUCUACUCAAGGAAGAUCUGGCAGAAAAGCAGAAACCCGUUCUCGACCUCUACCAGAAUCUAGUACAGAUCAAGAAAAAAUUGGAGGAGCUUGGUAAAGUAGUUUUCCUGGAGGAAGUCAAACUGAUGCCCUUCAAUGAAGCCCAAGAAAUGAGUGCGGUAGGAGCCGCUGGGGAGAGCAUAACACCGGAAAUGGUAGUGGGCAUGCAGACCUCCAUAGAAGAGAUCCCCAACACCUUGAUGGACAUCUGCAAGAACCUGUUGGGCAGGAGAAACGUCAUAGUAGAGCUCUUGGAGAGCAUCAUCAAGUCCGAAGUUAACGUGACUGACUUGACCGACCAAAUAGAUGCCCUGAAGGAAGAGGGAGCUCAACUCCAAAGCAACUUGGACGUAGUCAUCAACGAGCACCACGGCAAAAUCAGGGAGAUAGUCUACAAUUGGCAGUCGUUGGUCAACGACAAGAAGAGCUUGAACACGAACUUGCGCAUAGAGGACUUGGAGGAGAAACUUAGAUUCCAGGAGAAGCUGACGGAAGAGUCGAACCAGGUGAUCCAGGAGCUUCAGAAGAAGCUGGACGAGAGACGUAGCGGCCAUGACAGAUAUGUAGCCGAUCUGAAUAAUACUAUACAAGGGCUCAAGGAUCAUAUGCAGAAACUUGAACAGGAACUGGAAACUGAGAAGAAAGCUGCAGCUGAUUAUAAAAACAGAAAUAAUACGAAUGCUCAAAAUUCUAAAAUGAUGAGAAAUAAGAUAGCUGAGUUAGAGAGUGAGAAAAAAUCUUCUGAUGCUCUGAACAAUGAACUCAAUAGAAAAGUCAGACUUCUACAAGACCAGCUCAAGCACAAGGAGACUCAAUGGAUCAAAGAAAAGGAAGAAUUGACAAAGAGUCUGAAACAUCAAGAGAACAUGCUGCAGAAACUGACAGCCGACAAAAACUGUUUCGAAACUAGGUUGGAGACCAUCGAGGGGGAACGAUCCACCCAGGAGGAGUCUCUUCAGCAGCAGCUGGACGAGCUCAGCGCUGAGAUGGAACGGAACAGAUACGCCCUGAGAACGGUGACGAACGAAAGGGACCUGGCUGUGAGCAAGUGCAGCGAAAUGGAGGAGCAUAUCGCCAAGAUGGGCUUGGAAAAUCGGGAGACCAUGAAUUUGGUCAGUAGCAGCAUACAAUGGGGAAAAGAUGGACAAGGUUCUGCAUCGAUGGCUCAGGAGUAUUCUGAAAGUAUGGCUAAAGACAUCAUCAUACAGGAGUUCAAGGACAGGAUCAGAAAAUUAGAAGAGGAAAAUGUCUUGCAUAAGGAAACAAUUGCUCUCGUGGAGAAAAAGCAGAAUGCUGUGCCGACAGAAACAGAGAAAACAGUGAUGGUACAGCACGAAGUAGUUGCGAGAUAUAAACAGUUAUUGGCAGAAAGUGAACAGAAGCUGACAGAGAAGUUCAUAUUUUUAAGGUCCCAAGAGGUCUCGAAGCUCACCUCCGAGAUCCGCCAGCUCAAAGUCCGGCAAGAACACCUGGAAGAAAUCAACCGGAAGUGUCCCACCGACAAUUUGCAGAAGAUGGUGGAGGAAGGCAGACAGAAGCUGUCGGAGCUGAUGAGGAAGUCUCUGGAGAGCGAGCAGAAGUUGUUGCAGUGCGAGAACAUCAUCGACAAGCAGACGAAGCAGAUGAACGAGAUGGAGAACAUGUUGAGGUUCCGGGAGAAUCUGGCGGGAGUUUUGAAGGCUUCCCGAGACGAGUUGUUCAUCGAGAAAGAGAGUCUCACUAGAUAUUCUCAGGAGAUGCGCACGGUUUUGGCUGAGGUCACCAAAGAGGGUAAGAUGAAAGAACGCUUGAUCAAAGAACUCCAAGAAAAGGUCGACCUCAGGGAGAGGCAAAUCACGAAGAUGGAAAAGGCAGUGAGAGAAUUGGAGACCAACUUGAUGAUAACCAACGAGAAACGCUUCAAGCUUCAAGAGACCAUCGGAAGCAUGGAGAAAGAACUACAGUCGACCAAAGCCCACGUCAACCAGCUAGCAGAUAUAAACACACGGUAUGACUCUGGUACGACAUACUCGAGUAGCACACUCGAUAAGGUUUCAGAAGGAAGGCUUUCAAUUGAAAAAAGUAGUUCUUUAGGCAGCGUAAAGAAAGCGGAAGAAUCUUCUCACACAGCUCCAACUCCUGCUGGGAAACUCGGUGGCACUAAAGUCAAUUCUCUGAUUGGUCUAUCUUUGAAGCAAGUCGAUUUUCUCAGGUCCAGACUGAACUAUUUAUCUAAAGUUAAUGUCGCCGCGGUUGUGAAGGAGAAACCCGCGAAACCUGUUUCGACCCGUAGUUCGGCUCAUCGUUUGGCUAGCUACAACACUACUUGUCGAAAUAUGGAGAAAAUGGUCGAGUUGACUGCCAAGAGGUACGAACUCUUGCAAAAACAAGCAUACGAGUCGUAUGAGGAGUUGACGAAUUUAGUGAAGUUAGCAAUGUCCACCCCAAGAAUUCCUGAACAAUA